GCAUUUAUGCAUUUGUUCAAUGUGCCCGUAGCUCAUCGAACUCGAUGAUUGGCUGUAGCUCCAUGCAUCCCUGUCGGUGUAUGUAUCCCCGCUAAAUGAAAAACGAUGUCAUUCAGAGCUUCAGAAUUCAAGCUUCACUUCAUUCACUCCAUUCACUCCAUUCACUCUUCUUCUUUCGCCUCUGUGGCCGAUAUCAAUUCAUUGGAAGUUUGAGGAUAUACUGCUUGGUAGGUAUCAGAAGCCAGCUUGACUCACCUAAUUAUCACUCUGUCACUUCCUCAAUCUCGAGCCAAAGAGAAGAUAACUUGCCACAAAUAUGGCUUUGCCAGUCAUUAAAGCAAUCGAGGACUGUUCAAACAUCACGAAAACAGUCUUGCCAUACCUUCCACAAUUGUACGAUUUACCUCAGCAAGUACUUCAAUCAUAUUCAAAUCCUACGGAGCUCCGAAAUCUCUAUCUGGCUACGAAUCCACUCAUAACUGCUUUCGCAUUCUCGUUGUUCUUAACGCCCGUGUUUCUAUUGGUUUCCGAGGUCAACAAAAACUAUUCUCAAGUCGACAGAUGCUGGAGUAUCUUGCCUACCAUAUAUAAUGCUCAUUUUGCCAUCUAUGCACACCUUUCUGGUCUACCAACAGGGCGACUAGACAAUGUCCUCGCUUUUAGUACGAUCUGGAGUUUACGUCUGACAUAUAAUUACUGGAGAAAGGGUGGCUAUAGCAUUGGGUCCGAGGACUAUCGCUGGGAGAUUGUCCGACGAAACGUUCCUCCAGCACUCUUCUUCGUCUUCAAUGUCGCCUUUAUAUCGUUGGCGCAAAGCAUUCUACUCUUUCUAAUUGCAACGCCGUCAUAUGUUAUGCUCUUAGCUGCACGAUAUGGAGUACCGUGGACAACGGCAGAUUUGAUAUUCUCCAGAGGUCUUGUUACUCUUGUUGUGUUUGAGUAUUUUGCAGAUGGGCAACAGUGGAACUAUCAAACCGCGAAGCAACAAUACCUGAAGACGGCUAAAGUACAAGGAGGAUUCGACCAAGAAUCGCUCGACCGCGGCUUUGUGACCUCUGGUCUCUGGUCCUUGAGCAGACACCCAAACUUCGCCGCUGAACAGACUAUAUGGGUAGUACUCUAUACGUGGGGCUGCUGGACCAGUGAAGUAUUAUUCAAUUGGACGUUUGCCGGCGCUAUGUCAUACUUGAUCCUUUUCCAGGCCUCAACUUGGCUCACCGAGCUCAUUACUGCCAAAAAAUAUCCAGAUUAUCAGCAAUAUCAAGCCCGGGUUGGCAAAUUCUUGCCUAACAUCUUUUCUACCGGGCCAAUUUUCGCCAAGGUGGAGAAGAAAGCAGCGACUAAAGGCGAUCGAAGAAAGGCUUCAGCCAGCAAGUAAACAGAUAGCAAUUCCAAAUGAGGUUUUGAUUUUUCAUGCUUAGAGCCUCAAACAGCUGGUUAGAAUAGGCAGACAACAAGAGAAGGGCUAGAAAGUUUGCCCUUAAAACGUACAGAAGAGAUCUAAUUGUAUUCCCUGGAUGUCGCCACAUAAUAUUUACAAUUAAUGUCACUGUGCAUCA